CGCUUCAUGCAAUGGACAUGCGCUGCUACCAUGCAGGUGGUCCAUUACAGCAUGGAGACAUUGAGAGCAAAAAUGGAAUGUAACAAGAGAUAAAGCACCAGGAGAACAACAAUAAUCACUUAUUGUUUCUCUUCAUUGAAAGAUAAAUCCCAACAUGGCAUCAGAUGAUAUUAAUCUGCUGGUCAUCGUCGUGGAUGUAAAUCCGAUAUGGUGGGGGCAGCAAGCUCAACGCGAGACAGAGCUCACCCUGUCCAAGUGUCUGGAUGCAGUCAUGGUGCUGGGGAACUCCCACAUGGCCAUGUCCAGGACCAACAAGCUGGCUGUCAUCGCCAGCCACUGUCAGGACAGUCACUUCCUAUAUCCCGGUAAGAGCUGGGGAGCGGGCGACAGCUGUGAGGAGGAUGCUUCCUCCAGUGGGGAUGAAUAUGAACUCCUGUCAGUCGCUAAUAACUUUAUUGCUGAAGAAAUCAGGAAGGUUAUUGCAAAAACGGAUGUGACGGGAAAUUCCACAGAUACUCUGUUGGCUGGGUCACUGGCCAAAGCUCUGUGCUAUAUUAACAGAGUCGCAAAAGAUCAUGAAGUUGGACAAGAAACAAAAUCAAGAAUAUUGGUGAUAAAAGCAGCCGAGGACUGUGCCCUACAGUACAUGAACUUCAUGAAUGUCAUUUUUGCUUCCCAGAAGCAGAACAUCCUGAUAGAUGCCUGUGUGUUGGACUCAGACUCGGGUCUCCUUCAGCAGGCUUGCGAUAUAACUGGAGGAUUGUACCUCAAGAUACCACAAAAAGUUGCUUUGGCACAAUACCUUUUGUGGGUGUUCCUGCCUGACUGUGAGCAGCGGGCCCAGCUGGUUCUUCCUCCACCUGUGCACGUGGACUACAGAGCCGCAUGCUUCUGCCACAGGAACCUCAUUGAGAUUGGCUAUGUGUGCUCAGUAUGUCUAUCAAUAUUCUGCAACUUCAGCCCCAUCUGCACAACCUGCGAGACUGCCUUCAAAAUCCAACUACCACAGAUGGUCAAGCCCAAAAAGAAGAAACUCAAGCAACAAACAUGAUUUCUGCUAGAAUAGAAAUAAUGUAGAGGAUUUAGUUUUCAUUUUUAUAUUAGGAUUAUACCAUUUUGUGUGGUAUAGAUUUGUACGCGCUUCAGUGACAUCCUUUAGCCAUAUGAACAUGUUGAAUGUACUUACAUGUUCAGGCUGAUUACUUCACUUCAACAGUUCUCUAGUCUAAAUAAUACAAACAUUCCAGUCUCAUCUCAUUAUACCAAAUACUUCCUUGUGGUAAAAAGCUGUUCCAGUGAAUCACAAGUGCCAUUAAUGUUCAUGCUGUUGGAAAAAGAUUGGCUGAGCCUACAUGUAAAUGGAUUCACUGCUUUUGGAAAAAAUACCUUUCUGAUUUUUUAUGAACAUUUUUACAAAAUAAAAAAACAUCCUAAAAUUGUC